CUCUUUGGGGCGGGAUUUUGUGUUCCAAGAAUGGCGGCCGAUGGCUGGUAAACGUUUCAUUUCAUACUUUGAGAUAGAAUUUCCUACAGAAACGUUAGACUUUUAACAUUCUGUGACCAGCUAUGGUGAUAGAAGACUGACAGCCAUCGGAGUGGAUGAUGUCUAAGGAAUACACUAUUCGGAGGCUUGUCGAACUUGAGUAAAUGAGAGGUAUAGUGGGGAAAAAAGGGCCCGCCGUGACAGUGGAAAAAGCUUCGGCGAAAAGUGGGUAGCGCCGCCUGACGACCGCCCGACGAACCAGGCGACCGCCUUCAGGAAACCGCGGUGCCGACGAACAGAUGUGCUUUUGUCCUGGAUGAUAAAAAAGUGACCUUCAUUGGACGCUUAGUGUCGUGUCAGUUUGUCACCACCUUGACAUCUAUCACAACAUUCAAACCAGCGAAUUCAAUUCUGUCAUGAUACAGGUCUUUCCAGAAUAAGUCCACAAACUGACACACAGUGGUAUUAGCAUGGCUGAACAGCAAGAGGAAGCAGAAGGUGUUUUUGUGGAGUACCAGUACAUGUGCAGUGAGUGCCGCCAGCUCUUCAAUACCCUAGAAGAUGUUCUGGUCCACCAGCAGAUCCACACUGGCCAAGAGGGAGACGAUGAGACAGCAGAGGCCAUGGCUAUCGAAAGUCUCCCAGAGUCGGGGCAGAACCAGCAGUACCAGUGUCUGGAAUGUGGGUCCCUCCUCAUGAAUCCAGAGGAGCUGCUGCAGCAUCAGGAGAUGCAUAUGACAGAAGAGGGGUUGGAGGUGGCAGAACAAGAACUAUGUAAAGCUCUGGAGACAGAGGAAACCGGGUCAGAGGCUCAGGAAUCAGGUCCAGUCCAGUACCAGUGUCUUGACUGUUUGGCUCUAUUUCACUCACCUGAGACGUGGUUGGAGCACCGGCGGACCCACAGCAGAAGCAGCACACACAGUAACCAGGAGUCUGCGGAGUAUGUACUGCAGCCUGACGGCACCGUGGCACGGUUACACCAUCUACAGAACUAUGUGCUGAGUGAGCAGCAGGCUGGAGAGAUACUGGCACAGGUACUUGCCCAACACACAAAGAAACAUCAAGGUGUCUCUAAACCUGCUGCACCCAGCCGCUCCUCCCUGCUUCCUCCUGUGACCCCGAGUCCUGGCUCUGCCACCAUGCAUCUGCAGAUUCUGACAGCUCAGGCCUUGGCUGACAGCACCACUGUUCCAACUCAGCCACAGUCCAAACUGCCUAGUCUGCUGCCAACUAUGGGGCGAGGGUCUUCUAUAAAGAUGGAAGUUGUGGAGAAUGGUUAUCAAACAUUGGAAUUAAGGUCGGAUUCCAAUGAGCAGGAGAACGCCAAGCAGCAGCUGCCAAUGCAGAUGGUGGUCAUCCACCCCUACGAAUGUUCAGAGUGCUCCCUUCUGUUCCAGACACCGGAGGACUUUCUCCAGCACCAGGGAGUGCACUUCCUGGGCCAGGACAAAGAGAGCGGAGAAGCAGGGGUUAUGAGUGGCUUGGAGGAGGUGCGGAGGAAGGAGGAGGCUGCCGAGAAGAUGGAAGACAUUAGGUUUCCAGGAGCAGAGCCAAAAACGGCAGUCUGGGUGAGGCCUCAAGAGUGUGACAUCUGCAACCGCACGUUCACCUCCGUUAACCGGCUUUCUGCACACAAGCGAGUGCACGAAAUGGGCACGCAUCAAUGCCCAGACUGUGGAAAGGUGUUCAAAAAGGCAACCUCACUGCACAUGCACAUGCGCACUCACUCAGGUGUUGUGAGGUACCUGUGUGUGGACUGCGGCCAAGGCUUCACCACUGAGAUGACGCUCGUCACACACAGGAAGUCCCACACUGCAGAUCCACUGCACAAGUGUGAGUUCUGCAACAAAGCCUUCACCAAUGUGACCAAGUACCUCUACCAUCGUCGAACCCACCUCAGCCAUCAGAACUUAGUCCAGACUGCUCCUAUCUCCACGUUGUCGGUCCCAAGAAGAGCAUCUCUAUCUGCUCUGGCUAUUGUACAGAGAGCAAGGGAGAAGAAGGCAAAAGUCAACCUGGUGGCCCCUCUUGUACCCAAAGACUUGGAAGAAAUGGAAUCAGAUGUAUUACCCAGUACCCAGAGCAAUGCAGAAAAAAGUGAAUUGCAGAACCAACAACAGAUGGAGGUACCUGUUUCAAAUGAAAGCACCAACUGUGAUGCCAACAAUUUGGAGAAUGCCUCUGAAUAUGCAGUAGCUGCAAACUCUGCUCCUAUGAAUGGCACAGAUGUAGGAGCGACUCCACCUUUGUUAAAUUCAACGGAAACUGCUCCAUCUGACUCGCCGGAUAAAGGGGCUUUCCCUUGUUGUUCUUGCUCCAAGACAUUUCCUUCACAGCUGCAGCUACUUCACCAUAGACAGAAGUCUCAUGUCACCAACCGCACCUAUGUUUGUGGGAUAUGUAGCAAGUCUUUUAAGAAGAAGAUACACAUACGCAACCACAUCCGCACACACACGGGCGAGCGACCCUUCCAGUGUUGCGACUGUGGAAAGACCUUCUCAUCACAAGCCAAUCUGAUGCGGCACAACCUCAUCCACUCAGGCGUGCGCCCAUAUCAUUGUGACGUCUGCCACCGCUCCUUCUCCCAGUCCUCCAACCUCCGCCAGCACACCCUGCUGCACACCGGUGCUGCAACACUAUAUUGCCCCGACUGCCCUGCUACCUUUCGCUUGCCUGCCAAGCUAGCAGCACACCGCUACACCCAACACCCAGGUGCUCCAGCCCCUUUUUCAUGUCCCCAUUGUGAAGCUGGCUUCCUAACCAGGAGGAAACGAGAUGCACACUGUCUAGCAGAGCACCCCAACCAGGUACAAGCUGAUUCAGGGCAAGACGAGUGCAAAGAAGUCCACAUGCAGGUGGAGACAGUCAAAAAUUUUACAUCGGAGCCUUCCACCUCAGCAGAGACAGAGUCAAGUGCUUCAGACAGAAUUGCACGAGGGGGCUUAGAUUGUAUCGUUUGUGGGAAAAAACUAAAUUCCCCUGCCAAUCUGCGACUUCACAGACUGAGCCACUUUUCUGUGGGACCUGGGCGGCCGCGAUGCACCUUGGUAAAGCGGCCUAAAGCCCACCAAUGCCCUGUCUGCGGAAAGCUGUUUGUCUCUUCUUCUGGAGUUGCACUUCACCAACGAGUCCACACCGGCGAGCGUCCUUUUCCCUGCCAAGUGUGUGGUAAAUGCUUUCGACAAAACACACACCUGAGAGAGCACCUUCGCACACAUUCAGGUGAACGGCCGUUCCAUUGUGAAGUGUGCGGUAAGGGUUUCGUUCAGAGCAUGCAUCUGUCUGAACACCGUCGCACCCACACAGGUGAAAGGCCGCAUGCAUGUCCACAAUGUGGCAAAGCCUUCAAGACCUUCUCUAAUCUAAGGAACCACAAAAAGACCCACGCCAGACAGCAGAAGCUGGAUGAAGAAGCUGCCACCAUGGAGACAAAUACUGCUAUGGCUGUUGAGGUUGCUUCAGCAGCGGAACUGGCUAACGGACAGCCUCAGCUAAUCCACAUCCAAACGUCUGAUCUUCAGCAGGCACAGGGCACGCCGAUGAUCAUGUGUAAUGAGUUUGGGGAGACCAUUGCCAUCAUUGAGACCAGUGAAGGAGGAGACUUGCUACUGGAGCAGGCGCUGGAAAUUUAUCAGACAGCUUUACAGAAUGGACUUACCACAGAUACGGUUUCUGGGGACAGAGUGCAGCUUCUCUGAGGACUCACAACAAAGAGAACUGGAAUUCCUUCAUGAACCAUCACUGACACUACUGCACUGCUCGUCUGUAAGAGCCAGAGUUACAGCUGGCAGUCAGAAUUGUUAUUUAUGAGGCUUAGGAAUUUCCUGAAAUGAACCAAAAUAUGACAUCUUGUCACUUUUUUAAAAUGUCAAGGAUCAGUGUUAAGUUGUAUUAAAAAGUGUGAAUUCAUACUUUUGCUGUAUGGUCUUCAUCCUGGAUGAGGACCAUCGGUGGCACCCUGGAUAUUUUUGUGAUUCAUGGAUAUUUUGUCCCACCUUCCUCCCCCAUUUAUAGCAGCUCUGUCUUGCUUUUAAAACAUUAUGUAUGUUGUAAAUAAAUGAAGUCAGUAAAUGUUCUCAA